CCUGGGACACAUCCCAAACAUCAUGCCUCCGCCUAUAAUGAGAAAAUGUGGCAUUCGAAUUAUUAUGUAUUAAAUGUGAUGAUAUUAUUCUUCAUUGAUUUUGUUAUUCCCUAAGAAAGUGAGAGAGAUCAAAUUGACAAUUAACCAAAUUCACUUUAAAUUAUCUUAUAGACUUAUACUACACAUAUUCUUUCACAAGGUGUUCAACUAGGCCAAACAAUCACUAGCUAGCAAGGAACUUUCUUUGAGUUUUAUUUUUUAAAUAUUAAAGUGAGUGUAAAACAACAUUCUAAUGCAUCAAUUUUCGAAGAAUCGUACAAUAACCAACAUCAACUUUGCAUAUGUAUCAUCAACGGUAUAAUAUUACAACAAAGAACUAAUACUUCAAAUUGCACAAUCCGCUAUAAAGUUGUUGUUAUAAACGCGCUGCUACGGAUCGGGAAAUUGCUGGAAUCGAUAAAGCAAGAAUACGAAAGCGAGAAUUGAAAAACACAGACACACGAUUUACGUGGUUCACUAACACAAUGUGUGUUAGCUCGUCCACAGGCGAGAGAGAGCCAAUUUCACUAUAGCGAGACCCCCGACUACCAGUCGUAGUGGCUAAUAGACCGAUUCGAGUCACAUCAACCGUUGUCAAUUGUCAUCCAACAAGAAGUUAUUCUCACCAAGGUUUCAUGGAUGGUUAGCACAAACUUGGGUUGUCAUCCAACAAGAAGUUAUUCUCACCAAGGUUUCAUGGAUGGUUAGCACAAACUUGGGAAGGAACUGAAAAAACAGACGACCACUCCCAGAUGCAUCCACAUUAAACAUUACUAUACUUGUAUAAAAUGUUUAAAAGAAAUGGCAUAUAGUAGAAUAUAGUAAUAAUAUAGUAAUAGUAGACCAAUGUUUAAAUCAUAUUCUAUUUGAUUCAUUUGGAUUCAUUGAUAGCACAACUGAUAGCAUUCCCACCCCAGAGCAAAUCUCGUGAGGGUUUUUUAAUGUAAAACUGAUCCUCUUUUGGGGAAGAAUUCAUAUUUUCAAAUUUCAACUUCUGCCUCACUAAACCCCACAAUCCAAUCCCCAUGAGAAGAGUAAUGAAACCUAAUAUACUCUUUACUAAACAUAGGGUCGUUUGGAUUGAGUAUUUGGGGGUGUUAUUUGAGGUCAAAUAACACAAAAUCUGUUAUUUAACCCCAAAUAACAUGUUUGGCUGACAAAAAGUGGGAUGUGUUAUUUGGAUGUAGUGUUUUGUCAAAUAACAGGUUUGAGACAAAAUAACACAAAAAGUGUUGUUUGCCAAAUACUUGGGAGGGGGCAGGUAUUUGCCAAAUAACAAGUUUGAGACCAAGUAUCACAUACCAAAUAACAAGUUUUAUAUUAUGUGGUAUUUGUGUGGUAAUUGGUCCCAAACAACAAAUUUGUCAAAUACUCAAUCCAAACGACCCUAAGUUGAAGGUUCCUUUGCUUUGGAAAAAAAAAACUUGAAGGUUCCUUUGUCAUUUUGCUCUUGGCUUUUCCUUCAACAGUGUGCGAAGAAGUCUUUCCACAAUUCUCCUGAACCCCCUCAUAUAAAGAACCAACUUGGAGAUUCACCCACUCAAAACCCAAAAACCUUUGCUGCUAAACUGUCUGCUUCCCCACUGCUGCUCAAAGCUCUGUUUUUUUUUCUUCUUCAAAUGGAAGAGAAGAAUGACUCGGAUAAGGGCAGCGACGAUGUGAUGCUGCCCGGUUUCCGGUUCCAUCCGACGGACGAGGAGCUGGUAGGGUUCUAUCUGAAGAGGAAAAUACAGCAGAGGUCUCUGGCUAUUGAGCUCAUUAAGCAAGUCGAUAUCUACAAAUACGACCCCUGGGAUCUUCCAAGGGUGGCGACGACUGCAGGGGAGAAAGAGUGGUAUUUCUACUGUCCAAGGGACCGAAAGUACAGGAACAGCGCGAGGCCGAACCGGGUUACCGGAGCCGGGUUCUGGAAGGCUACUGGAACCGACCGUCCGAUUUACUCGUCGGAAGGAACCAAGUGCAUUGGGCUGAAGAAGUCACUGGUUUUCUACAGAGGAAGAGCUGCCAAAGGGAUCAAGACUGAUUGGAUGAUGCACGAGUUCCGGCUCCCUCCCAUCCCCGGCUCCGAUCAGAAUCAGCAAUCCCUUCAGCCGAAGAAGCUCCUCGAUAAAUCCCUCCCUCCCAACGAAGCAUGGGCGAUAUGUCGGAUAUUCAAGAAGACGAAUUCCAUGUCGCAGAGAGCUCUGUCUCAUCAUCCAUGGAUGAUGUCGUCGCCUCUACAUCACGAAUCGACACAGUCUGAUCACCACUUCUUCAACCAGCACCUUAACCAACACCAAGCCACCUCCUCAUCCGACGUGGUUUCUUGCGUGUCAGAGCUUGGAUCAUCACCAUUCUUCCCACAACAAGCUUCAACCCCAAGUUUCUCUCCUCCACCGCUGUUCCCAUUCCCUCAAGCUCCCAACAAUUUCAUUUUUCCCUCGAUUGAAGCUUCGUCAGGUUCAGUUUUGUCCAACAAGGCCUCUUCCGAAGCCCUGGAAUUUGAAGGGCAGGGGCAGCAGUUUAGUGGAUUCUCCAUCAGUACUCUGCAACAAGAGAUGGAGAGUAGUGGUGGAGAAGAUGAUGAUAAUCAUAACCACAAUCAUCAGUGGGUUGGGAGUGAGAUUAGAUCGAUUGGCUUUCCUUUCAGCUUGCCUGCAAAUCCUGCACCAGAUGAUGCAUGGGAUUCUCCCCCACCAAAUUCUUGUCCUCCUGAAAUCUCCACUGCUACUACUUAUUCAACGAACAAAUGCUACUCUUAAAUCCCCCGACUAGGAGUGGAUAAUGGACCAUGGGAUUUAAUUCUAGCAUUUGUUUAAGGAAUGGGGUUGUGUGUAUACACUUUUUGUGGUAAGUAUUGUUUUUGCAUUGGGGAUUUGUGCAGAGGAUAUUGAAGCUCAUUUCAUUUGUGUACAUGAUAUUUUGUAAUCAAUGUUGUAUAGUUUUUUUUUUUUUGUGUAAACAGUUAGUGUGUUCAUAAGAAGAUUUUAUUUAUUGAUGCUUUAUUAUUUUUUAUUUGCAAUUGCAUGCUUGUCUACAAGACUAAAUUCCUUUUCGUGUUCAUGAAUAAUGGAGAACAAAAUUAUACUACAAAAUUUGAAUGCUCUUAAUGCUCAAUUUUUCAAUAAGUCUUCCAAAGUUGCCUCAAGCUUGAAGAACAAAAUUGAAACAUCAAUGGUACUAUACCCAACCCAAGUGAAUGACUCCUUAUUUGUUGGAAGUUGCAAUUAUCUAAAAUUCUAAGAAAAUCGCAACCAUGUGAAUGACUACUUAUCCGUUGUAAUCGUUUAAGUGUUUCGAUAUUUUAUGUAUUCAGCCUAAAUUGUUAAUCAACGAGUCCCCCAUUUUCUAUCGUAUAUCCCUUUUUAGCUUUAACUCAUUUGAAUAAAAGAAUAUAAUGACAGAAAAUUUUAUUUGUUCAUUAUUUAGUAUCCCUUAUUUGCAUGUCUUUCUACAAUCAAGAAAAGGUUUUCACAUAUUCUCACAGCAACUAACUAAAGAUAGUAUUGCUCAUUAUUUGGCUCACAUAUUCUUAAACACACUCACUUCCUUCAGUGUAGUCAUCAUUUAUUUGAAGUGAGCUUGAAAAGGUGGAUUAAUGAUGGUUGGAGAUGUAAGUUUUAGACUUCACUGGUGAUAGGACCAAAGCUGUCGAAAUCAGAAUUUUACGUAAAAUCAAAAAUUGGGGUAAAAUCGAAAUCGUAAAAUCGUAUGAUUUUAAGGUUCAUAUAAAAAUGGAAACAGAAUAAUAUUAAUAAGGAAAAUCGCAAAUAACACAAAAACACAUAACACUUACAAUGAUAAUUUCUCAAGGUUAAUGUUCCAAUUUAUCAUAGUUAAUGUUAAGAGGUGGUGAACCGAUGGCGAUAAAUACGUUGAUGUGAAUUAAUGAUGAUCGAUGGUUGUUAGUGUGUGAGAAAUAGAUGAUGUUGGUGAAUGAGAAGGAAAAGAUGUGCGAUUUUGCAAAUUAUGAAGAAAACAGGUAAAAUUGACUCAAAAAUCCUAAUCGUAAAAUCAUAAGAUUUUAAAGAUUUAGAUCGUGAAUACUGUAAGAUUUUAAGGUCUAUAGAUUUUAUAGUGAAAUCUGAAUUGGAAUUGGUACGUAAAAUUAGUGGUGUUCAAAUGGUUACCAUGGUAAUUAUUGAACCAAAUAAGGAAAAAAUAUAUUAAUUAUGAAAUAUAAUAUAAUAACCAAACCGCCCAAACUAAUACAAUAAUCAAAUUAACCAAACUAAAGUUUAAUCGAUUUGGUUAAUUGGUUAACCAGAUUAAUCAAUAUUACAUCACAUUAUCAUUAAGUGAGAAUUUUUUUGGAUAAUGCCUCAAUUCACAAUUUAUAUGACGAAUAAAACAUUACAAUGAACACAUAGUUAUAGUUAACCCUUACAGAAAUAUAUGCAACUAAUACAACUAUCUUACGGUCAAUAGAAGUAUUCAAUUAAUAAAAAUACAUGUCAAUAGUACGGAGUUAAUUAAUUGUUGUGAAUUAGUAUCUUAGCAAUGAUCAUAGAUUGAAAAAGACAUUUCUUUCACGUUUUCAUCUAAUGUAUUGUAUGGGUUUUAUCUAAAUUAAGCGUUCAUAUAUAAUGGUCUACAUCUACACUCUAAUAAUACAAAUAUCUAUCU